AUGCCCGUCUUUGAGCGUUUGUUUGCCGUUCCCGCCGAGAAGAGAAAAGAAGGCGGCAACUCCCUCGCUUUCCCUUCUGCCGAUCCGGGCAUGAAGCUACCUGCCCGGGGCGACAGCGCAAGAUCAGGUAUGGACGCCCCGGGGCCGCUUCUUCUCCCGCCGCCGCCCGGCUUCCCUUCCCUCUCGCGGGAGGAGGCUCAAGCGGCUUCCCCCGGGCGGCACCGGUUCCACCGAGCGGCCGCCGCCGUCGCGCAUCUCUGCGGCCUGAUUUUGCGCGGGAAAAGAUAUAUUGAACAAAGUCCACUUGUGCAAUGGACAAUAUUGGAGCUGCAGAUGCAGAUGAAUAUCAGAGGUGAUCUUUUGUUCAAUAUCAGGGAUUAUGCUAAAAAAAAAGUUCAAAAUAAAGAUUUUGAAAGACUUGUACAUCUGUUACGUAUAUGUCCAAAUGAAAGAACACCAAAGGACAUUCUGCAGAUGCAAUUGUGUUUGAAGACAAACAGAGCCUUUCACAGCUUCCCCAGCAACGUCCAACAGAAGCUCUGCCAAGCUUUCAUCUACCAAAAGUACAUAGCUGGAACAGUCAUUAUGAAACAAGGACAUAUGGCAACUGAAUGUUACUUACUGUUGUCUGGCAAGCUGAAAUUUAUGAUAACUGAUGAAAAACGUAAAAAUGGGAUUUUAGCCUCCGAAGCAUUGUACGAACUGGAAGAAGAGGAUUUCAUAGGGGCUCUGGAAUGUGAGGAAAUCGUGCAAUUUAAUGUAUUUCAAGGGUUUAAUUCUCAGAGGAAGCAACCACAUUAA